AUGACGGCCACAAAACCCUGGCUAGAAGCUCUGACUUUGGACAAGCUACAUCGGGUGGCGGUCACCGUUGGCUCCCCAUGUUCAGGGACGAAAGCGGUACGAUUGCAGGGCAUCGGGAAUGCAAUCACGGACAACAACAAGAAGGAGAAGCGAUACAAUGAAGAAGGUCGACGACUUAUUAGCCUCUUGAGCAUUGACAUGGGGAUUAGGAACCUCGCGUACGCUCAUUUCACCGCGAAAAGGGUGGCCCCAUCAGAGACGACCACCACGGCUCCAUACACGACGCCAACUUUGCAAGCGUGGAGUCGAUUGUCUGUGUCUGAUAAACGACCAGCCGAAGAAGAAUGCGUAGGUGGCGGGUCUCUUCAGUCCGACGGUGGACGCAGAGGGAACGCACAAGCGAGGGCACCCCGGGAUGAUGAGGAGGAGGAGGAGGGUCGCAGCACAACGGACCAGAAGGAGUCUUUUGAACCGGACGAAUACGCGAGACACGCCUACAGUUUGAUCAAGCACAUGCUACAGACGUACAAGCCGGAUGUGAUAUUGAUUGAAAGGCAACGGUUCCGAUCUGGCGGUCGAGCUGCAGUACCCGAGUGGACUAUCCGGGUGGGUGUGUUUGAGGGUAUGCUCUAUGCAGUUCUGAGGACCUUGAUCGAGAGUCAAAAACUCAAGAUGGACGUUGAACCAAUGUUACCUACUCGUGUCAAUCGAUAUUGGCUCGAGGGAGGACAAGGAGGACCUGAUAGUAGGGCUAUACAGUCUGUGACGAAGAAGAAGAAAAGACCGACAGGGCGAGAAGUCAAGAGUGCCAAAAUUGACUUGGUAGGCAGGAUUUUGGAGAAUCUUGAUCAAUCAUCACCAUCGACCUCACAAGUGGUGAAUGUGGGUACAAAUUUAAGACCUUUUGCCGAACAAUUUGUGUCUGUAUGGAAAAAGACGGAGGUAGCACGAGCGAAGAAGGGACAGACGUCCAAAGAGAAGAUCUCGAAACUGGAUGAUCUGGCGGACUCUUUUCUUCAGGGUCUGGCUUGGAUUCAUUGGCAGAACAACAGACAAUGUCUGGACUCUUUGGGAGCAGAUGCUGUAGAGUACAUGAAGUCAGGGUGGCCUCUAUGA